GGCGCUGACGCCUGGCAGGGAGAAGGCGGCAGCACAUGCUGGGCUCGGGGACGAUGGGCUUGAGUGCCGAGGAGGCGACGCUCUAGCCCGGAGCCUGAUAUUCGGUGGCUUGGCUGAGUCUUCCCUGGGGACUGGGUUAAGGCCGAGAACCUCUGGCCCCAAGGAGCGCAUGCGCGCCCGGUCCCCCAAACAUGGAGUCCUGUAGCCCAGGUCUUACCUGAGUCAGGAUGAGGGAGUGGUGGGUCCAGGUGGGGCUACUGGCCGUGCCCCUGCUGGCCGCGUACCUGCACAUCCCACCCCCUCAGCUCUCUCCUGCGCUGCACUCAUGGAAGACUUCUGGCAAGUUUUUCACCUACAAGGGACUGCGCAUCUUCUACCAGGACUCUGUGGGUGUAGUUGGCAGUCCUGAGAUAGUUGUGCUUUUACAUGGCUUCCCAACUUCCAGCUAUGACUGGUACAAGAUUUGGGAAGGUCUGACCCUGAGGUUUCAUCGAGUGAUUGCCCUUGACUUCUUAGGCUUUGGCUUCAGUGACAAACCGAGACCACACCACUAUUCCAUAUUUGAGCAGGCCAGCAUCGUGGAGGCGCUUUUGCGCCAUCUAGGACUCCAGAACCGUAGGAUCAACCUGUUGUCUCACGACUAUGGAGACAUUGUUGCUCAGGAGCUGCUGUAUAGGUACAAGCAAAAUCGAUCUGGCCGGCUUACUAUAAAGAGUCUCUGUCUGUCAAAUGGAGGUAUCUUUCCUGAGACUCACCGGCCUCUCCUUCUCCAAAAGCUACUUAAAGAUGGAGGUGUGCUGUCACCCAUCCUCACGAGGUUGAUGAACUUCUUUGUAUUUUCUCGAGGUCUUACUCCCGUCUUUGGACCAUACACUCGACCCUCCGAAAGUGAGCUGUGGGAUAUGUGGGCAGGGAUCCGAAACAAUGACGGGAACUUGGUGAUUGACAGUCUCUUACAGUACAUUAAUCAGAGGAAGAAGUUUAGAAGACGCUGGGUGGGAGCUCUUGCCUCUGUAACUAUUCCCAUUCAUUUUAUCUAUGGGCCAUUGGAUCCUAUAAAUCCCUAUCCAGAGUUUUUGGAGCUGUACAGGAAAACGCUGCCGCGGUCCACAGUGUCGAUUCUGGAUGACCACAUUAGCCACUACCCACAGCUAGAGGAUCCCAUGGGCUUCUUGAAUGCAUAUAUGGGCUUCAUCAACUCCUUCUGAGCUGGAAAGAGUAGCUUCCCUGUAUUAUCUCCCCCACUCCCGUAUCUGUUGUGUAUUCCACUUAGGAAGAAAUGCCCAAAAGAGGUCCUGGCAAUCAAACACUGUUUUCUUACAAAAGUCCACUUUACUCACAUUGAUGGAUCAGAGUAUAGAAAAAAGGCAGCAGAAACUCUGACAAAAUAGCCCACCUCAUUCCUUUGACGUCUGAUGAAGUAUAUAGACUUUGUCUUUGUGUUAUUAGGAAAUUCUGAUGAGCAUGACUUCUCAUGGACGCAGAGAGACAGGCAUUAGACAUUCUUUUGCUUAGAAGACUUUUUAACACUUCUGUGGAACUUUCCUGAAGUAUCUAAAAGUGUUAAUUUCUGGCCCAACCCGAAUUGGAAUUCCACAGUAGAGAAUGAGGAGUGGGGCCUGUUAUCUCUCCUUGAACGGCUUGAAGGGUACAUGGUUUUUAAAGUUCUCUAGGCAACAUAGUUUAAGAGAGUGAAUAUCCCUUGUCAUACUUUGGAUUAGUUUCAUCAGCUGCUUCAAAUUAUAGACUUUUUGUUAAAAUAUUUGUUUUAGUAAUGCAGUAUUUUAAAGUAUGGUAUAAGAGUGUGAUAUGCCUACACACUGUAUAUAGUUUAUAAGGACACUAAAAUGGCAGACCUUAACUCUGUCAAAGUAGUGAACCUUAUUAAACGUGUAAUUUCUGAGUAAACUAAAUCCAAAUUUUUACAGAAUUUCCUAAAAUCACAGACACUAAGAACCAAUUGCAUCUGUGCCAGAGAUUUACUGUUAUUAGCUGGAAAGAUAAAUUCUAACAGCAAAUAAUAGUCUAACUACUCAUACCUCAGUGCUUAGAAGCAUGUCCCUCCUGGGCUGAAGUGUAGGGAGGGGACCCUUAUAUACUCGAGUUACCUUGCUGAAGUACACUGACUCCUCUGGUGAUGGUGGCUUAGCUUUCCAUUGGCUCUCCCAGAGAGGCUUUCUCAUGCAGCUCAGCAGUUCCUGUACUUAGCAGACAGGAUAGUUCCCAGACACUUUAAGAACAAAUUCUCAAAGACCUAUAGGCAAAUGGUGCUGAAUAGUUUUUUUUUAAGCCACAGUUUCACUGUCUUAGUCAAAGUAGGAUUAUUAAGUGAUUAAUUUUAAAUUCGUUUUUUAAAAAUUAGGAACUUCAAGUAUAACAACUUUGAAACUGGAAUAAGUGUUUAUUUUCUAUUAAUAAAAAUGAAUUGUGACUAAAGUGGAUUCUGGCUUCCCCUCCCCACCACCCCUUUGGGAUAAAAUUUUCCAACAUUGCCAGGAGCUUUCACACAUUAAACAAAAGAAUACAAUGAAGUUAAGCAGCUGGAAUAUAGGAUAAUAUUUGAUUUUCAAGCUCACCCAAAGCUGCACUGUCAUACCAGAGCUGACCAAGUGAGAAAGGAAAAAUCCAAAACCAAGGAACACCAAAACCCAUGCACAAGGACAGACAUUGGCUUAAUCUGCUGGCUCAGAGCCAAGCACUUAGUUUGUUUAAAGUGUGAUUUUGGGAAAUUCAUGCCGCUAGCCUAAAAGCUCUCUGACAGUGAUGUACAUACAUACACAUCAACUUCAUCUUGCCCAGUAAGAACUUAUCCAACAGAAGCCAAGAUAACAUCUACAGGUGUUCUCUCUUUGCUUCUGACAGUCACCUGCAUGGUCACUCCAUCUGCUAAGGCCAGCCUGGACCUCACCAAUAAGUCAAAGCCACCUCUGUAUAUACCUGAGAGGAAAAAAGUGAGGAAAACCACAUUUAAGAACUCAAGCUCUAAAUAAUGAAAUUUAUCAUGCUCUGCCUACAUCUCCUUUCUAUUAUUUUAGUUUAUCUUUUCUAGAAAUUUGUGAGAGUUGAAUCCUUCAUAUAAAUUCUAUUUUUUAACAAUAGUCCCAUGAGACCAGGCACACAGAAGGUAUUGAAUAAUAUUGAUUUGGAGUAUUCAAAAGACAGAGGGAGACUUCAGUAUCUUGGGCCAGAUAUACAUCUUAAAAGAACCUAAGAAUGGCGUGCAAAACAAAUUAUUCAUUUUGACUGUACUUCAAAUUCUUGCUCACAUAAUGGGAUGAUGGACAAUAGCAGGGCACAGGAUGCUCAUCCACAUCCCUUCCUAUUAAAUUUGGAACAAAAUUUAAGAGAAAUGUGAUCCAAGUCUCUUACCUGCCAGAUAGAGUGAGUGGGAAUUCUUGUUCUCAGGUACUUUAUCUGACCUCUCACAUGGCUGCAUGCCCAGAAAUGUGAUGAUAUUGCUGACAGCUUCUGUGUAGAGAAGGUUUAUGCAACAGUAUUAGAAUAGUUCAGCACAGGGAUCUGCCGCUAUUCUGGGGUGUCUUGGGAGCUGGGGGUAAACAGGGGUAUAGAUGGCAUAUAGGGAGGGUACUGGCCUAGAAAAUAGUUGACUUAAUUGAUGAUGAAGACAGGAACCUGGCCUUUUAAAUAGAUGAGUUAUGAAGGAUUUAAAGAAAAAGGAGUUAUGGAAUAAUAUAUAUGUCUAUUAGGUUGAUACUGCUAUCAGGCAAUAACACUGGCAGCAAAGUUGUUCUCACCUUCAAGGGUUUUUGUAGAGCUGAGGGCAAAGGUUUCCUCUUUCUCAAAGGUAUCUCCCACCUCUUCCCAGGCGGCAGCAAAGUUAGGUUUCAGAACCUUCUGAAUGUGAUCAGACACAGUCACUUCAAGAUCUUCCAGCUAGGGGUAAUAAGCAAGGAUCGAUAAAUAAAAAUCCUUUUUGGUACAAAACAAAGAGAGAAGGAACAUAAUCAUUUAUCAUUCUAUGUUAAAUCCCUGUUGGGGCCUAAGAAAAACUCUGUUACCACAACAGUUUAAGUUAUGUAGUCUGUAUAAACCUAAUGUUGUAGGCCUUAACACAAGCAAGUAAGAAAACAGGUCAUCUGUCAGAUCACCACCUGUAGCCCUAAAGUACACAGCAAUCCUGUUGCCACACCCAACUAUGCAUUUCAGGUUGUUCAGUACCUUCUAAAUAUUACAUUCACAAACAGGUUUUUUGUUUGUUUGUUUGUUUUUUAUUUGAAGUUUUCCCUCCUUUCUGUGAAGGCUUUUCAGUCCCUGAUCUGGCAGUAAGCAAACUAAAAGUGUUGAAGCAGAAAUAAUACAAUCCACUUUUAAUAAAACUGAUCUCAUUUA